AUGGCCAUGGCUACGGUUGGUCGUCACCGUGUUUUACAAGUCUGUUUAAAACCCGUCGAACACCAAGAGCAGACAAGGGCUCAGAAAGUCGUUAUUUCCACACCCAUUUCCAGAAGGAGUGCAAUUCUCAUAGCAACUUGUAUGCCAUUGGGCCUCUUAUCUUUGUCUCCAGCGUCCGAUGCCAGAGAGAGGCGCAACAGGAAGACUAUCCCUCUUGAAGACUAUCUUACUAGCUCUGAUGGGCUGAAAUACUAUGAUUUGGUCGAAGGAAAUGGUCCAGUAGCAGAAAAGGGAUCAACAGUUCAGGUGCACUUUGACUGCAUAUACCGUGGGAUAACGGCUGUGUCAAGUAGAGAAUCAAAACUGUUGGCUGGAAAUCGUGUUAUAGCUCAGCCAUACGAGUUCAAAGUUGGAGCACCUCCUGGAAAAGAACGCAAGCGUGAUUUUGUUGACAACCCAAAUGGUCUGUUUUCUGCACAGGCUGCACCCAAACCCCCACCUGCUAUGUACUCUGCUGUUCAAGGCAUGAAACUUGGGGGAAAGCGUACCGUGAUUGUUCCUCCUGAGGCAGGGUAUGGCCAAAAGGGCAUGAGCGAGAUUCCUCCUGGGUCUACUUUUGAACUAAAUCUGGAGCUUUUACAAGUGAUCCCGCCUGAAUGAAACCAGGCCUGAUUUCGGUUAUCAGAACUCGUCAAGUUUUGGUUUAAACUUUGCAGUUGAACAGCAACCUACUAGUUCGAAAGAAACCGACAAUCGAGUGGAAUGAUUCUUUUACACUGAAAACAUAAAUGUACUAUCGAUUCUUUGUACAUGCAAUUUUUGCGUCCAAUUCGAAUAACUAAUUAAAUCUCAA